ACAAGCUGUGCGACGAAAGGGAGUUCAUUUCCUCUCCUGAACAAACAUCCUCUCGCCCCACCAUCCUCUCCCCCUCCCAUUUCAUCCCCAUCUCCCUCCCCUCUUGUUUUCCAUCGUUGGAAACCCUAGAUCGCUCUAUGGAAGCAGACGGUGUGGCGUUCCAUUGCUGCAAAGAUGCAGUUUUUUUGUUAAGGAGGGGUUGUAGUAAUGCGUUUUUGGGGUGCAUUGGGAAAGGUCUUGGUGUUCUCAUGACUUGUGCACACUGCGUUGAGACCUUAAGGAUAGGAGAUACUAUAACAGCGUAUUCUAGGGGACUAAACAGCAACGGUUUCCAGGCUAAAAUCUUUGCUGUUGAUCCAGAUAAUGAUGUAGCCUUACUAGUUAUUUCUGCUAGUGAUAUCCCUGGUAAGGCAACAGCGCUGCAGUUCCAUGACACUCCGUUGUCUGUGACGGCUGGGAUGCGUGUCACCCUCUUGGGAUAUUUCAGUUUUGGAUCCCAUGUUCUUCGUCAGCCAGGCACAUCGCGAGGAACCAUCAUAGCACCACCUCUCUCUCUGCCUCGACGUCGAACCAGAGAAGAGAGGAGAACCGUGGGGGUGGCAAAGAAGAGAAUAGUGGGGGUCGCAAGCUACACCUCAAAGCCAGGGACAUCAGGCAGUCCAGUUUUGCAUGCGACCGUAGAUGAUGCAGGGGACCCAGCUUGCUAUGUCGUUGGUGUGCACUGUCGCUCGCAUCAUUCACUUAGAUACUCUGUGAGUUUGGCUUGUAUCAAGGAGACUCUUCUCAAUUGGCUUGGGGAACAAUACAAGGAGAUGAACAUAAACGAGCUCUUAUGUGUAAUGCUCUCUCAGCAUGUGGCUAACAAUGCCUAAUAGUCCGAAGGACCAUGCUGGAUCAUGCCAAGCACGAGGAUUUCCUAAAGAUGAUGCAAGUCCUACAGGAUGAAAGUGAUAGACGACUGAGGUAGCGAGCCAUGCAAGUUUUUGGAACUAUGCUUUUGUAAUUUCCUAGAUAUGAAUUGACAUGGUAUAGAUUCUUCUCAAUUAAAACUGGAAGGAGCCCACUCGUGGACCUUUGUAACCGAGAUGCUUUUUUUAUUAUUUGUUAGAAAUGUCAUGCACUAUGGUACCCAAUUCUUAUCAAUUGGGCCCUCAAAAAUGUUGUUUGUAUUAAUCCGAUCUCGUCCGUCACCUCAAAGAGGUUGCUUGUAUUUGUUCAGG